AUGAAUAAAAUAUUUUGUAUUUUUAAUUUUUUGUUAUGUAUUUUAUUUAAUUAUGUGUCUAGUUUUUAUAUAAAACAAAAAAACAAUUUUAUAAAAAAAGUAAUAAAAAGAAAAAAUAAUAUUUUAAAAAGGAAAUUAUAUCAUCUAAAUUUAAAAAAAAAGAAAGAUAAUCUAUUUGAGAAUAGAAAUUUGAUACGUAUAGAAUUUCGUCCUGCUGUAGGUGGAAAUGAAGCUUUAUCGUGGUCAAAGGAAUUACUAAAUACUUAUAAAACAUUUGCUGAAAAGAAUAAAUGUACAGUUAAAGAAGUUCAGGAUAUAUGUAACUCGUUAAUAUUAAGUUCAAAUGAUAAUAUAAUUAUAAAUAAAGAAGGAAAAGAAAUUAGUUUAAGUUUGUAUGAUCUUUUUAAGAAUGAAAGUGGAAUUCAUCAAGUAAAAAGAGUUCCAGAUAAUGAAUCUAAGGAUAAGAUUCAUUCUUCUACUGCUACAAUUGCAAUUUUUAUUCAUGAAGAUGAAAAAAUUAAAAAUGAAAUUAAUUUGAAAGAUUUAAAAAUUACAACUUUUAGAUCUAGCAAACCAGGAGGACAAAAUGUCAAUAAAAUUGAAUCAGGCGUUUGUAUUUUACAUAAACCUACAAAUAUACAAGCUGAAUGCCAAGAAGAGAGAACACAAGAAUUAAAUAAAAAAAUAGCUAUGAAAAGAUUAAUUCUUAAAAUAAGGGAAAUGAAAAUUAAAGAAAAUAAAAGUUUAAUUCAAAAUGAAAGAGUUAAAUUGAUAAAAGUGGGUAAUAGAAGUGAAAGAAUAAGAACAUACAACUUUUUCAGAGGUUAUAUUACAGAUCAUAUAAAAAAAAAAAAAAUAGAUUUGUCAUAUUUUAAAAAAUGUAAAUUGGAAUUUUUAUUAAAUGUAUAA